GAUUCAACAGCACUCAAUGAAAGCAGAUUCGCCCACCAAAGCAAUUGCAUCAUUCGAACUGUGGAGUCACUUCUUACAACUAUUGCAAGGGCAGUGAGAGCCUUAUAUUGGAGCGAGGAAUAUUGACUCUGGAAAUUGAUUCUUUUGCAAUGGGCUCAUCGGUUUUCACAUGCAAGUAAGGCAUCACAUAAAAUUAUUGCAGCUAUUGUAACAUUUUAGAGGACAAAAGAAUGUUCGAUCGCCUUGAAUUUUGAUCAGUAAACAGUAAUUGCAAGUAUAUUUGGUUGUCUCAAACAAUGCUUGUCCAACACAAACAGUGUUCUCAUCCAUCCACAGUAUAUAGAUAAGAGACGAAAGAAAAGGCCCUUGUAAAUGCUGUAUGAAAGUGAUAGCCUUGUCGAUAGCCUACAUUCAAAGCCAGCGAAAAUGUUUGAGAAAUACGUUGAGUCGACGAUCCAUGUAUUUAUAAGAGAAAGUCUUCCUCUAAAUAGUGUCCUCAGCAUGUAAAUUUCCAAGAAAAUUUAUAAAUUGUAGAAUAAUUACUCUAAAAUCGUAUAGUUGACCUCCAUAAAUUAUUCCUUCUUCACCAUCCUCUAGUGAUAUAUAUGUAUAUAUAUAUAUAUAUUCCAAUCAGCUAGCAGUCAUAAACAAUCAUCUUCCUUCUCUGCAACUUAUUUGCAUAGACUUACAAACAUGUAUAGAGUUGCCAGCCCUUCUGAGUUUUUAGUGAUCACCGGAGUGGGUAUCUCGGACAUAAAGCUUGCAAAGAAAGCAUGGGUUCUUCCAGGGCAAUCAUGUUCUGUCUUCGACGUUUCACCAGUCAACUACACUUUCGAAGUCCAAGCCAUGAGUGCUGAGAAACUCCCUUUUGUCCUCCCUGCUGUUUUCACCAUCGGUCCUCGUGUAGACGAUGAUCAAAGCCUCUUGAAAUAUGCUAAACUCAUCUCUCCACAUGACAAGCUCUCUCACCAUGUCAAAGAACUCGUCCAAGGUAUCAUCGAGGGUGAAACUAGAGUUCUUGCUGCUUCCAUGACUAUGGAAGAGAUUUUUAAAGGAACUAAAGAGUUUAAGCAAGAAGUUUUUGAGAAAGUUCAGCUUGAACUCAACCAAUUCGGAUUACUUAUCUAUAACGCUAACGUUAAACAAUUGGUAGAUGUUCCUGGACACGAGUACUUCUCGUAUUUAGGUCAAAAGACACAAAUGGAAGCUGCAAAUCAAGCUAGAGUUGAUGUAGCAGAAGCGAAAAUGAAAGGAGAGAUAGGAUCAAAGGAAAGGGAAGGACAAACGCUGCAGAAUGCGGCAAAAAUUGACGCAGAGACGAAAAUAAUAGCAACGCAAAGACAAGGAGAAGGGAAGAAGGAGGAGAUAAAGGUGAAGACAGAGGUUAAGAUUUAUGAGAAUCAAAGAGAGGCAGAGGUGGCAGAGGUGAACGCGGAGUUGGCGAAGAAGAAGGCAGGAUGGGCUAAGGAGGCACAAGUUGCAGAAGUUGAAGCAUCAAAAGCUGUUACAUUGAGAGAUGCUGAGCUGCAAAGAGAGGUGGAGAGGAUGAAUGCUUUGACUAGAAUUGAAAAGCUUAAAGCUGAGUUUUUGAGCAAAGCCAGUGUUGAGUAUGAGACUAAGGUGCAAGAAGCAAACUGGGAACUGUAUAAGAAACAGAAAGAAGCAGAAGCAAUUCUCUACGAAAAGGAGAAAGAAGCAGAGGCGCAAAAAGCAAUAGCAGACGCGACAUACUACGCCCGGCAACAAGUUGCUGAUGGAGAAUUGUAUGCCAAGCAAAAAGAGGCUGAAGGGUUAGUUGCUCUAGCACAAGCACAAGGCACGUACCUACGCACCCUUUUGGAUGCAUUAGGCGGCAACUAUGCAGCCUUAAGGGACUUCUUGAUGAUCAAUGGCGGCAUGUUUCAAGAGAUUGCUAAAGUUAACGCGGAGGCUGUUCGAGGUUUGCAGCCGAAAAUUAGCAUUUGGAGUAACGGUGCAGACAACAGCAACAGUAAUAAUAAUAUCAGUGAUGGAGGUUUGAAGGAGGUCGCCGGAGUUUAUAAGAUGUUGCCUCCUUUGCUCAAGACUGUCCAAGAGCAAACUGGGAUGCUGCCACCUGCAUGGAUGGCCACCCUAACCGACUCUUCAGCCCAUUCUUGAUAUCAGGCUUGGCUUAUUUUAAGACUAAAGCCGUCUCCAAGUAUUGUGAAUUUGCAAGCCAAUCUUAACUCCAGCCGGAGCCAAAUUAACAGGCGAUAAAAGUAAAAGAAAAAAAGAAAGAAAAAGACACAGAAAAGGGUUUGCCUCUGAAUUGUGAAGUAUUGUAGUGGGGAAUAUUGUUAUCCAUGUUAAUGUCCGCUUAUAAAUAAUUUAACCAUUCGGUUAAAGUAUCAAAAUACUGUGAUUUCUUUCUUCUUUUUAAACUGUUUUAGAAAGCAA